ACCUAUUUGACGGACAAGCUUUUUAGCCAAUAAGAAUGCGUCCUGUCCCUUCGUUGCAAGUUGUGGGAAGAACUAACCAACAUUUGUUAUGGAAGAUGUCAUUCGUUAGAGGAGCGAUGAUAACUGCGUCAAAGUCGAAAGUAUUGACCCUUGCCAGGGCAUCUACUCUUCUGAACAACCUCAAUGUGAGCCAACAGUUACACCGGGUUCCUCCAAACCCCUUGCCCCCUUUUACAGCGGGGCUUCAGCGUUUCAGCAGCGCCUCAGCCCAGGAGAAGUCAGUGGUGUCGGGUCCAUCUGAAGAUAAAGUGUACCUCACUGACUCAUGUGUGAAGAGACUAGGGGAGAUCAUGGAGAAAGGCGAGUACCUGAGGAUACACGUGGAAGGAGGCGGCUGCUCCGGGUUCCAGUACAAGUUUUCUGUUGUUAGUGAAAAGACUGAAGAUGACAGAGUUUUUGAGCAGGGAGGAGUGGGCGUCCUCGUGGAUCAGGACAGUCUGGAGUUUGUGAAAGGAGCCACGCUGGACUUCACCCAGGAGCUGAUCCGCUCCACCUUUCAAGUGCUCAAGAAUCCCCAAGCUGAUCAUGGCUGCUCCUGUGGCAGCUCGUUCUCUGUCAAAUUAUGAGGCUGUUUCAGUGCAUCAGUGUUAUUUAAUACCCUGAUCUACCAGUUUAUCAGAAUAUUAGAGAGACUUCAUAAUAUAAAUGCAUUCUAAUAACAAUUACCAAAUAGAGAUAUUUCAACGCCUCUCUGACAGUGUUUGCUAAAAUUAUAUAAUAUUGUAUUAUAAGCUUCACAAAGAUAAUUUAUUGCAGCGUGAUAUGAUAUUGGCUUUAACAGGGCAGGUGUACCGAAUAAACUGGUAACUCAGGAUAUUAAGACUCUUUUUUUUGAAUUCCGAAUUUGAUAACUAAUAACUACAUUUAGUGACAGUGAAGCUGGCAUACAGUCAUUUUUCUGAAAAUCAAGUGUUUGUUUUUGGCAUGAAACUACUUGAACUGAAUGAGAGAGCAGAGGUGUCAUUUAAUCAUACCACAAUUUGCAAUAUUCACCUGUGAUUUGUGAUGUAUUCAGUGAAAACAAAGGCUCAGUUGAAGUGUUUGAGUAUUCAGUGCUUAGAUUUUAUUUUGUGUGUAAAAUAUGUAAAUAGGCCAUAUCUAUAAAGAGCAAAGCUUUAUUAUAUUUUGUGUCAUAUGAAAUAAAAUUUAAAGUUGA